GCGGCGGCAGCGGCGGGGGCGGCGCGGCCCGAGCGGGGCCCGAGCGGGGCCGUGUCCGCGGGGCCCCCCGCCCGUCCCGGGGCCAUGGAGCCGGUCCCCGCGCGGCGGUGGCAGAAGGUGUUGUACGAGCGACAGCCCUUCCCCGAUAACUACGUGGACCAGCGGUUCCUGGAGGAGCUGCGGAAGAACGUGCACGCCCGGCAGUACCGCUACUGGGCCGUCGUCUUCCAGUCGGGAGCGGUGGUGCAGCAGCUGUGCAGCGUCUGCGUCUUCGUGCUCACAUGGUGGUACAUGGACGCCGGGAUGCUGAGCCCGCAGGGGCUCUUUGGGGCGGCCCUGGUGUCCUCGCUGCUCGGCUACGUCCUGUUCGACGCCGUGGACGGCGGGGCUGGGCGGUGGGAGAGCGGGCGGACGCGCUGGGCUGACCUCAAGAGCACGCUGGUGUUCACCGCCUUCACCUACGGCUUCUCGCCCGUGCUGAAGACACUGACCGAGUCCAUCAGCACGGACACCAUCUACGCCAUGUCGGCCCUCAUGCUCCUGGGCCACCUCAUCUUCUUCGACUAUGGCGCCAACGCUGCCAUCGUGUCCAGCACGCUGUCCCUCAACAUGGCCAUCUUCGCCUCGGUGUGCCUGGCCUCGCGCCUUCCCCGCGCCCUCCACGCCUUCGUCAUGGUCACCUUUGCCAUGCAGAUCUUUGCCCUCUGGCCCAUGCUGCAGAAGAAGCUGAAGGCCCGGACGCCCCAGUGCUACGUGGGGGUGACGGUGCUGUUCGCGCUGGCGGCGCUGGCAGGACUGGCCACCAUCUCCAGCGUGGGUGCCGUGCUCUUUGCCUCACUGCUGCUCACCAUCUCCUGCCUCUGCCCCUACUGCCUCAUCCGCCUCCAGCUGCUCAAGGACAACAUCCACGGGCCAUGGGAUGAGGCUGAAAUCAAGGAGGACCUCUCCAGGUUCCUCAUGUAGGCCUGGCCUGGAGGGACCCUCUGCUGUGAGCAGCACAAAGGUCCUUGCUGGGGGACAGCCAUGGGCAGGAGAACAUCUGACCCAAUAAAGCCUCUCACACAGCAGCAAGGACCAUGUUUAUGUUCCCUUCAGCAUCUGUUUCCAAACCUGACUUGCUUGGGUUUGGUGAGGAAAGGAGCUGAGCCCCGCAGAGCAGCUGGUCCCUGCAGCAGUUCGGGGUGCAGACGAGCAGGGUGGUGUCUGCUCUGGUCAUGCAGACCCGUACCUGAAUUUGGGGGGGGGGGAAACAGAGGGAUGUGCAUCCCCUGAGCAGAAACACCACUUGGAAACACACGUAUGGCCCAGAUGUGCCCCACGGGCCCUCAGUGUGUGCACUGCAGACUGACAGCACUUCCCCGGGGGGCUGGAGGGGAAGGGGCUGGUGAGGGUCACUGCGGGCAGGGUGGAGGGGCAGGGUGGUGGGUGCUGAGGGACCUGAGCACAAGGGCACCUGGGGUGGGUGUGGUGCACAGCCCUGCUCACCUGCACCCCGACAGUCACUGCUGCCAGAAUAGCCUCAUGACACUGCCAGAUACCACACUAUCCUAAAUCCUUUGGGAGAGGAGGGGAUGAGAGGGCAUGAUGCCUUCCUCUCUUCUCUUUUUUCAGAGGCUAAUGAGGCCUCGCUGCAGGGCCAAACCCUGAUCCAGAGGGAUGGAGCUCAGCACAGACCCCAUGGGUGCAGCCCCAGCUGGUGAGAUGCCACGCUGCUGGGACAGCGGGGGAGGUCUAUCAGGAUCUCAUCUGGCACCGUCUGUCAGGUGUCCGUCUGUCCGUCACCGCUCACACCGCAACAGAGGGCGCUCCUGGCAAACAAGUCUCACUGGAGGCCAGGCCAGGACAGCCGGACCCCGUGCCGGAAGGGCCUCCCUGGCACUUUCGCUUUCCCUGCUCCCAUCCGGCACCUUCCCUCGGCAGCCCCAGCCCUGCUCCGGCCACCCAGGGGAGCAAAACCCUCCUGAGCCAGCACUGCCAGAGGGAAGGGAUGCCCAUACUCUGCCCCAGCCUCGUUGCACAGGGAUACGUUUGGUAUCACCCGGGUUUUUACGAAAUCUUCUCUUUUGGAAACCCAGCACUGCAGAAGUGCAACUUUCUGCUCGAUUUACCCCAGCCCCGCGAGCACCAGGGUCUCAUCCUAUGGAGCAGGCGCUUGCCGUGUUCCUCGAGUUUUCUCGGAAAUGAGCAACCCCCGGUGGAGUCCCCAACACCUCCAGUGCUUUGUUACAGCUCCUGCCAAGUGUUAAAUGUUGCUGUGGUCGUCAUGGUGACAACUACAUCUCAUUUUAGUUUUAAUUAAAACCUGCAGCAGUUUGGAGCCCGUGCUGCGGUCUCACAGGGAACACAGAGUAGCCAGAUGUCAGAGUCAAGAUGACAUUUUUUAGGUCUUUGGAAAGGAGACUGUUUUUUUUUCACAGGGAGGUUUCCCAGAUUGCUGCUCAGUGACCAGGAUGCCCCAUUUGACCCCGGGCUAAUGCCAGUGUAAUGCUGCCAUCCAAAGCUGAUUCACAGAGCCCACUGAUAGGACACAGCUCGAGUGUAAAUCAAAACUCAAAUCUCACCUGCCCGGCCCCUGUCUAUCACUGCAGAGGCUACAAGAAAGCAGAGUUUCUGCUGCACCCAUUCCCCUAAGAAAAAAUAUUUCCUCAAAAAUACUUUUCCCAAAUUCACAUUCUAAAACCAGCUCCGGGUUAGGAAAAGCAAAUCUUGACCACCCAGACGUUCCAGGUGGAGAUGGGCACAGGCUGCCAUCACCUCAGCCAGAGCACGAACCCAGUGGAUCACCUGUGCAAAUCCCUGGGCUUUGACUGAUGCAGCAGGCCCCAUCCACCCAGCUCUAGGUGGAUGCAGGCUGUGUCCCAUCCAGCCCAGCUCACCACAAACAGAUUCAUCCCUGCCCACAGCCACAGGCCUCUCUGCUCUGCCCAGCUCCUUCCCUUCAUCUCCUUCCUACAAUCAGUCACAGAAUUCUCGGAUUAGACUAGCAGAGCCUCAGUGCUUGCCCAGAGAUCGGCAGGGAAAGGCUUAGCCCUCCCCCUUGCUUGCCCACACAGAUAUCCUGCUCUGCCUAAGCUGGGGGAUGAAAAUAUAAAUCCAGUCCAUGGCCUGGAUGCACAGAGGGACACUGAAAGAGGAAAAAAUGCGAGAGAGCCAGGGAGAGGAGAGGAGGAGACACAGAGGCCAGGCAGGGUUUCCCUGGGACUUCCCUGACCUUCUCCUGAGGACACAUGCUCUGCAGUGCUGCUUAAGUUAUUUAAGCUGCUGCAUAAAUGGCCAUUAUGGGUUUGUCUACAUGCCUGAGGUCAGAGUAUUCUCUACACAACAAAAUUUUGCCAUAAGUCUACGCCCAUCCAGUAAGGCUGGAUGCCCUUUGGGCAUUUGCUACCUGAGCAAAGCAUUCUCUGACAAAGCCCAUGCUGAGACCAAAAACAUAGGUCCUCAGUUCAUGAUGCAACCAAUGCAUGGUAAAGAGUUAAAUGUUGUUUUGCAUUACGAGGAAGUUUCUUUCCCUUAAGUUUCUGAGUCCACUGAGAUCAGUCCUUCAGUGGGACACUGCAUUUGAUUUGAAGCUGGCCAAAUGUGUGUAACUGAAGUGGCUGGGGAUAAACCUCGCUCCUGGGGGAGCCACUGACACGUGCAGUCUGGAAUCCUCAUCUACAGCCUCUGCUGCAGGGAAAGACAAGUGUCAGCCACCCACACCGUGCUGUCAGGGGGCCAUGUCCCUCCCCAUGUGGGAGACUGGAUCUGAGAAGCCUGGAAAGAGCAAAACUUUAGUCUUUGAAGGUAAGAUCCUUGUAUCUCUUCAAUUCCCACAGCAAUCACUCAGUUGUUUUCAACUUUGUGAUGUGAGAGGCAACAGCAACAACAUGAAUCAUCAGGAAACCAAAACAGGAUUUUGGUCCUAACCCACUCACUGAAAAGCAGCCUUGGACACAUAAUGGCACCAGCUGGUGCAGCACCUUUAUCCUCCUCUACCUGGCCACAGAUCAAACACCAGUGAGGGCUGGAAACAGCACAGACAAGGUUAAACAGCUUCUUCAAAAAGUCACUCCAUGAGCUGAUGCUGAAGAACACUCCAGGGUUUCCCAGUACACCAGUACCCAUGUCUUUCUACUUAGGAUAUUUUAGAAAUGGCCACCAGCAACCCAUGAAGUUUGGAGUCCUAUUUUCAACAAUAUUUUUAAUCAAAUAUUUCCUAAGAAGGUAAAGAUCUCUGUCAAGGGUUUACCACCAUAAAAUGUCCUGAGAAACAAGUUUGUGCUUUCCAGCCUAAUGGCCUGGAGGCCCUCUGGCAGCCGGGUGCUGUAGGCAAGGCCAUUCAGCUAAAAUAUCAUCUACCUUUUAUUUAUUGUUGGUUCAUCUGUUGGUACCAUGUCAUACCCCAGAAGGAAUACAGUGAGAACUUCCCCCAGUACAGAACAGACUUUUAAACAACCUGGAAAAAAAGCAGCUUGUGAAGUUCAGCCUGUUCCCAUUCCCUCUUACCUGAAAGGUGAAGAAUGGGCAGAACCUCCUCAGGAGCUUGCUGAGUACAAACACUGUUGCUUCUGUAGUAGUUCCCCAAAGUACACAAUUCCUGAACUCUGCUGAGGUGCUUUUUGCCUCAGUACCUGAUGGUGACGAGUUCCACAGAUGAGAGAUACAGCCAACCUGAGCAACUCCAUCCUGGAACAGUUGUGUUCCUGGGAUUGUAGGAGCCUCCAUUUCUGCCUUUCCCAGGGUGCACCCUGCCAAUCACUGUACUCUCUCCAGCUCCUGCAAUUCCUAGUUUAGCACAUGCAGUUCAAAGGUCUGGCAAAAAUGAUUAUUUAUCUCCCCCUCCUAACAACUGCUGUACAUGGAUUUGGGGUUUUUUGGGGUGGGGUUUUUUUUUCCCCUUUUUGUUAAUACCAUUGCUGUUUCCUCUCUUCUGCUCUACCAAAAGACAAGUCUAAGUAAGAAGAAAGAAUAAUCAGUGAAAGUCUACAACUCUCCGGGCUUGCACUCCCUUCUAAUUUGAGCAAACUCAGUGUCUGGCAUUUACCAGCUCAUGCAGGUGGUUUAGCAGCUCCCUGGAUAUUUGAGAAGUCAGCAGAGACCUAAAUCAGCUGGAACAAGAGGAAUUGCUAAAUUCAGCAAAGCUGUGUCAGACCCAGCUUGAAAACGAGCCUGUGUGUUGCCAGGCCCCUUCUACACACACAGGCUGAUCUCCCCCACUCCCCUGCCCCCAUCCCCUGAGCAGUCUGGCUGCAGCUCCCUCUCACCACCAACUCCCCACUACCCAGAAACAUCUUUUUUGUGCUCCUGAAACAAAGGCUGGACUCUGAUGCCCAGAGGUGCCUCCAGUCCCUACCUGUGCAGUGCCUCCUGAUUUACCUCUGUGGUUUCUGAAAUAUCCCUUGUUUCUUUUCCUAUGAGAAAAAAAGUCAGUAAAACCCAUCAGUUUUCCCUUUUCUUUCCAGCCUUACUCUCCCAUAUAUUUCUCUGGAACCCUAAACAAGCACAUCUCCUAAAUGUUAAAUCCCUGAUUUUAUCUUUCCCAUAGGGACAGACACAUUUGGAACCCCAGAGGUAGCUACUUACAGCUGUUUGAGCUCAGAUGCUCCAGUGAGGGCAGCUUGCAAGGAAUUCAGAGGUUUAGCUUGAAAAAAAUGCUCAGAGCAGCUGCACUUUAUUUAUAACUGUGGAGAUUCAUCCGUCUAGAGACUGUUGCAAUCUCCUCCUUUGAGUUUCUGCUCAGCCAGGUGCUGCUGCUGGUGCGUUAGACAUGUUUUAGGACCCUGUUGGCUAUUCUUCCUGCUAAUGCUAAGCCAAAGCCAUUUAUAUGAAGCAAUCCUGGUGGUUAAUGAAUUCAGAAGCAGUGCUGGAAUCCCAGCAGAAUGUCUGUCCCUCCGUCCACCACCUUGGAGGGUUGGAGCCUCUACAGAGCCCAGGCAAUUUCUUCCACAAGGUGUGAAUGGCUCCAUUUGAGAAAGAGUGGGUAGACCCUUCAGUGUAAAACCACCACACAUUCCUUUUGUAGUCAGAAUUUUAUUUGCUUUACAUCCAGGCUUAUCAUUGACAUCUGAAAAUAAAAUCUUUCAUUUACAAGUAGGCUAGUGCAAAUUAAAGGUAAUUUUGGACCAAAAAAAAAAAAAGACCUUGCAUGUAACACAAAAGAAAUGUGUGUGUUA